UCCCCCUCCCAGCUCUUCUUCCUCCUCCGCUGCAGCUAGGGUUUCGUCUCCCCGAUCCCCAAUCCCCGAAGCUCGGAUCUAGCAGCUGCAGUAGCGAUGGUGGCCACGGGAGAUCCUCUCUAAGGUUAAGCACGUCCAGGCCAAGCCUAUUGGCCGCCCUCGUGGGUGGCUGGCUCCGCGGCGAUGACAGCGGCCUCGUCGUCCCCGAAGGCCGUGGCGCCCCUCAAGGCCGACCUGGCGCCCUUGGUGCCCGCGCCGCUCAUGUGGGACUCGUGACCUUAUAUGGCUCCACACUGACGUCAUCCACCUGCUCGCCAACAUGCUCAGCCUCAUGCUCGUCGGGCUCAGGCUCGAGCAGCAGUUCGGAUUCGUGAGAGUUGGUGUCAUCUACCUCGUGUCUGGCAUCGGGGGCAGCAUGAUGUCAACUGAUAGUAGUGUGGAUGGGAGAUGGAUGCCCACAUGGAUCCAGCGUCUCCGACCUCGGCAUCCACAAGGAGGAGCGGCGACAACUCCGGACCCGUCCAUUGGUGCUGCUGAUUCUGCUUGGAUGGACAUGCUGCCUCUUCCAUGUCGGCUACAUGACAGCCAUGGUUCACACUCCAUGGACCAGGACGACCAUCGGGACCUCCACGGCGAUGAUGAAGCCCUACACAUGGUCGAGCUCCAUGGAACAACUGUGCCACGGUGUGGUGCAGCCAAGUUGGGCCACACCAGUGCAUCAGGAACUCUGCAUGCUGAUGUCCUUUGUCUCAUCAUCUUAACUACUAUAGUAGUAGGAGUAUUUUAUAUGUUGUUCAUUUCUUGGCCAUCCAGCAUGUUUGCUAAUCAUCCAUCUGCCUCAUGUUAUAUGAUCCCUACCUAG